CGAGAAGUUAGGAACGGUGGGGGCGCGCCCCGGGGUGGGCACGGGGGCGUUGUCGGGAGCGCGUGAGGACUCCAGAGAAGUGGGGGAAAGUCCCUGAGACCCCGGGAGAGCGACGUCUCGAGCUAGCGGGUUAUGCCUCCUCCCUGCUGUCCUGAAAGCCGCAGCGACAGUGAAAAGGGCUAAGAUUUGAUCAUGAGCAGCGUCCCCCGGCGCCCCUCCUCAGGGGCAGACUCUUUCCACACACCAGAGCCAGAGAGCCUGAGCCCAGGGCCGCCUGGGUUCCCCGAUCAGGAGGAAGAUGAACUGCACCGGACGCUGGGUGUGGAGCGAUUUGAGGAAAUCCUCCAGGAGGCUGGGUCUCGAGGAGGCGAUGAGCCGGGCCGAAGCUAUGGGGAAGAAGACUUUGAGUACCACCGCCAGUCCUCCCACCACAUCCAUCACCCACUGUCCACCCACCUGCCUUCCGAUGCACGCCGCCGCAAGAUCCCCCAGGGUGCAGGGCGGAAACCUCGGAGGCGCCCUGGGGCUUCUCCCACUGGGGAGACCCCCACUAUCGAGGAGGGUGAAGAAGAUGAAGAUGAGGCCGGUGAGGCUGAUGGGGCCAGGGCACUUCCCCAGCCGUCCCCCACCCGAACACCAUCUUUAGUGCAGUUCUUCCUCCAGGAGGAUGAUAGCAAUGACCGGAAGGCCGAAAGGACCAGUCCCUCUCCUCCUCCACCGCUGGCCCACCAGGAGGCAGCUUCCUGGGCUACCAAAGGGGCCCAGACGGGAGCUCAAGUGGAAGAAGUGGUGCCUGUAGCCAGUGCCACAGCAGGUGGCGACGACGGGGGCGCUUCCGGGCGUCCCCUGACCAAAGCCCAGCUCGGGCAUCGCAGCUACAACCUUCAGGAGAGGAGGCGCAUCGGGAGCAUGACUGGAGUGGAGCAGGCACUGCUGCCCCGGGUCCCGACAGACGAGAGCGAAGCCCAGACGCUGGCCACUGCAGACCUGGAUCUCAUGAAGAGCCACCGGUUCGAGGAUGUUCCUGGGGUGAGGCGGCACUUGGUUCGGAAGAAUGCCAAAGGAUCUGUGCCAGGCAACCGGGAAGGGAAGGAGCCUGGGCCCACCCCUCGGGCCCGGCCUCGAGCCCCGCACAAGCCCCACGAGGUGUUUGUGGAGUUGAAUGAAUUGCUGUUGGACAAAAACCAAGAGCCUCAGUGGAGGGAGACGGCUCGCUGGAUCAAGUUUGAGGAGGAUGUGGAAGAGGAGACCGAGCGCUGGGGGAAGCCCCAUGUGGCCUCGCUGUCCUUCCGAAGUCUCCUGGAGCUCCGCCGGACCUUGGCCCAUGGGGCUGUUCUCCUGGACCUGGACCAGCAGACCCUACCUGGCAUAGCCCAUCAGGUAGUGGAGCAGAUGGUCAUCUCUGAUCAGAUCAAGGCCGAAGACAGAGCCAACGUACUGCGGGCUCUGCUGCUGAAACACAGCCACCCGAGUGACGAGAAGGACUUCUCCUUUCCCCGGAACAUCUCCGCUGGCUCCCUGGGCUCCCUGCUGGGUCAUCACCAUGGCCAUGGUGUGGAGAGCGACCCCCACGUCACCGAGCCACUCAUUGGCGGUGUUCCCGAGACCCGGCUGGAGGUGGAGCGCGAGCGGGAACUGCCUCCCCCAGCCCCACCUGCUGGCAUCACUCGCUCCAAGUCCAAGCAUGAGCUGAAGCUGCUGGAGAAGAUCCCAGAGAACGCAGAAGCAACAGUGGUACUUGUGGGAUGCGUGGAGUUCCUGUCCCGCCCUACCAUGGCCUUUGUUCGACUGCGGGAGGCAGUGGAGCUGGAUGCAGUUCUCGAAGUGCCUGUGCCCGUGCGCUUCCUCUUCUUGCUGCUGGGCCCAAGCACCGUGAACAUGGACUACCAUGAGAUUGGCCGCUCAAUCUCCACCCUCAUGUCCGACAAGCAAUUCCACGAGGCAGCGUACCUGGCAGAUGAACGGGAAGACCUGCUAACAGCCAUCAACUCCUUUCUGGACUGCAGCGUGGUGCUGCCGCCCUCCGAGGUGCAAGGCGAGGAGCUGCUGCGCUCGGUGGCUCACUUCCAGCGCCAGAUGCUGAAGAAGCGGGAGGAGCAGGGCCGGCUGCUGCCCCCCAGGGCUGGGCUGGAGCCCAAGUCAGCCCAGGACAAGGCCUGGAUUGCAGCGCUCCUGCAGAUGGUAGAAGCAGCGGGCACAGCCGAAGACGAUCCCCUUCGGCGCACAGGCCGGCCCUUCGGGGGCUUGAUCCGUGACAUUCGCCGCCGCUAUCCCCACUACCUGAGUGACUUUCGAGACGCCCUCGACCCCCAGUGCCUGGCAGCUGUUAUCUUCAUCUACUUUGCCGCCCUGUCUCCUGCUAUCACCUUUGGUGGACUGCUGGGAGAGAAGACCCAGGACCUGAUAGGGGUGUCGGAGCUGAUCAUGUCCACGGCGCUCCAGGGGGUGAUAUUCUGCCUGCUGGGUGCACAGCCGCUCCUGGUGAUUGGCUUCUCAGGGCCCCUGCUGGUCUUUGAGGAAGCCUUCUUCACGUUCUGUCACAGCAAUAACUUGGAGUACCUGGUGGGCCGCGUGUGGAUCGGCUUCUGGCUGGUGCUUCUGGCCUUGCUCAUGGUGGCUCUGGAGGGCAGCUUCCUGGUGCGCUUUGUCUCCCGAUUCACCCAGGAGAUCUUCGCCUUCCUCAUCUCCCUCAUCUUCAUCUACGAGACCUUCUACAAACUGGUGAAGAUCUUUCAGGAACACCCACUCCAUGGCUGCUCCAUCUCUAACAGUUCAGAGGCCAGUGGUGGUGGUGAAAAUCAGACGGAGGCAGAUGUAGUGCUGGGGCCGGGGAACGGGAGCUCAGCCUGGCAGCCUGGGCAGGACAGACCCAAGGACCAGCCCAACACAGCCCUGCUGUCACUGGUGCUCAUGGCCGGCACCUUCUUCAUUGCCUUCUUCCUGCGCAAAUUCAAGAACAGCCGGUUCUUCCCUGGCCGGAUCCGGCGGGUGAUUGGUGACUUCGGCGUGCCCAUUGCCAUCCUCAUCAUGGUGCUCGUGGAUUACAGUAUUGAGGACACCUACACACAGAAGCUGAGUGUGCCCAGCGGGUUCUCGGUCACAGCCCCAGAGAAACGGGGCUGGGUCAUCAACCCCCUGGGGGAGUCGAACCCAUUCCCCGUGUGGAUGAUGGUGGCCAGCCUGCUGCCUGCCAUCCUGGUCUUCAUCCUCAUCUUCAUGGAGACUCAGAUCACCACACUGAUCAUCUCCAAGAAGGAGCGGAUGCUACAGAAGGGCUCUGGCUUUCACCUGGACCUGCUGCUCAUUGUGGCCAUGGGCGGCAUCUGUGCCCUCUUUGGCUUGCCCUGGCUGGCUGCUGCCACCGUCCGCUCUGUCACACAUGCCAACGCACUCACUGUCAUGAGCAAGGCUGUGGCGCCUGGGGAUAAGCCCAAGAUCCAGGAGGUCAAGGAGCAGCGAGUGACAGGACUGCUGGUUGCCCUGCUUGUGGGCCUCUCCAUAGUGAUUGGAGACCUGCUUCGGCAAAUCCCAUUGGCUGUACUCUUUGGGAUCUUCCUGUACAUGGGCGUUACCUCCCUUAAUGGGAUCCAGUUCUAUGAGCGGAUGUACCUGCUGCUCAUGCCGCCCAAACACCACCCAGAUGUCACCUAUGUCAAGAAGGUCCGGACCCUCCGUAUGCACCUGUUCACAGCCCUGCAGCUGCUCUGCCUGGCCCUGCUCUGGGCUGUCAUGUCCACAGCGGCCUCCCUCGCCUUCCCCUUCAUCCUCAUCCUCACAGUGCCACUCCGCAUGGUGGUGCUCACCCGCAUCUUCACCGAGCGAGAGAUGAAAUGUCUGGAUGCGAAUGAGGCCGAGCCGGUGCUUGAUGAGCGGGAGGGUGUGGAUGAAUACAACGAGAUGCCCAUGCCUGUGUAGUCGCUGGUUGGAAGGAUCAGCCCGAGCGAGAGAUGGAGAGAGGGACCAGGGGAUUGCCACCCAAUCCUUCCUCAUUUUUAUUUAAGUGAAUAAUUUAAAGUCCUCACCCCUGCAGUAAAGUGCUUCGGCCCUG